AUGGAUGACUUUUAUUCUCCUAUUUGGCUACAUCAAGAGAGCUUUGAUGAGAUGAGGCAGAAUCUGCAGAACACUCUGUUCGAGUUAGAGACAUUAAAAAUGGAAGCCAAUGAGAAAUCAAGAACACAUACAGAAGAAGUCAACCAUCUUCUCACUCUCCUCAAAUCCACUCAACAAGAACGAGACGAAGCUAGACAACAACUAUCUCAGUUUCUCAUCCAAACCCAAAACUCUAAUUCAAGAAGCAUCACUGAGUCAAACAGCGAACAUUCAUCUUCUUCCUCAGAACUCUCAAGCUUACUGAACAUUGAUCACCCUCAGCCAUCGAUGGUCCUUAAAGAUCCAACGGCUCAUAACCAUCGUCAGUUAGAUCCUAUGGACGCUCUCGUGAUGGGGAAAGCUUUUCCUGAAACGGGGAAGCUGUUAAAAGCGGUGGUGGAAGCUGGACCGCUUCUUCAAACGCUUCUUGUGGCGGGACCGCUGCCAAAAUGGGUAAACCCACCGCCUCAAACGCAAUCGCAGCGUUUUGAACUACCUCCUCCAUUCUCGUUUAAUAAUAACAGCUCGCUAACGUGUUCUGGUUCGGUUAUGAGAUUUGGGUUCGGUUCGAGUUCGGUUAUCGAUCAAACGAUGUUAACCGGAAAGAGGCAGAGAUUAGAGUAA